AUGGAGGACCAAGAUCACCCCCAGCCGGUCUUCCAACUCGUCAAGAAAGUACAGGAAAACAUCUGGCUUGCGAGAAGAAUAGCUCAGCACAUAGGAUAUGCCGAUGGCGAAGAGUUCAUCGCCCGCAAGGUAGAUGACUUUGACGAGUACUACGACGCUGGCAAAUAUGCACUGGGCUUCACGACCAAGAAACAGCGCCAAAUCAAGGGGCUGAUGGACCUGCUCUACGAAUGCAACUUUGGCCGUAACGUGUCGCACAUCUUGAACCAUGAAAACAUCAUUUCCCUUGCCGGCUAUCUCCGCCAGCAGCCCUUCCAUUCUCAGGUUCAAGCAACAGAGGACUACCUCAUCUGGGACAUUUGUGACGCCGGCAAUCUGGAGCUCCUCUUUGCAGAUCGACAUUCGGAGCGCGAACCCGACUGCUUUCUACCCGAGUCACUCUGCUGGCACGUCCUCACGUCGAUCCUGCGCGCCCUCGUCUGGCUCCAUGACGGCCACCGCCAGCAAGUAAACUGGGAGACGGGCGAGGUGCAGUGGGUCAGGACAGACAUGGAAUGGAUGCCGAUCCUGCACCGCGGCAUCAGCGGCCAGUCUGUCUUCUUCCAGCACUCGCGUGGCCAGGAGACGUACGGUGUAUGCAAGCUGGGCAAGUUCGGCAGAGUUUUCGUCUCUGGCAUCCCGGCGCGGCGGGAGGCGACGUAUUCUGGAGAGAAGCCUGUCCCAAAUAGCGAGGGCUUCCCUCUGGCGCCCAGGCAAGGCCAUAUGGAGCUGCAUGAGAUGAGGAAGCAAUGGAAUGAGUACAUUGUGACCGGAGAGAAGAGCAAACGCCUGUACACCAUCAGCGACGACCACUGGGCCCUUGGUGCCGUACUUUUUCGCAUGAUGGCCGGCUUCCCCCUCCCGAGCCUCGAUGGCUGCCAGGCGUGCGGUUGCGUCCACAUACGGCGUUGUCUGAACAUCCAAUGCAUCGGAGGUGACGAUCACCUCGGGCGCGGUUGUGAGCACCCCAACAUCCUGGGCUGCAAGUGUGUCGAACCGUGCGACGACCAGACGGACAUUCACAUCGACGAGACUUUGAUGCGGAUGGGAUACUCCAAGUACCUCAAGCUUGCUGUGCGGCUGCUCCUGGACUACGACCUCUUGACGCCGGCGGCGGGCUCGCAGCAUCUUAGCGACGAGAUUGAGGUGUUAUACCAAAAAUGGCGGAACAAGACGGAAGAAGGAAGAGAGUACGUGGACGUAUUGGACGACCUCAGGGGCAAGUUCUUUUCGCUGAACGGGAUGGACGACAUGAUGGAGUAG